AUGCUGGAGAUGCUUGAAUACAGCCACUAUCAGGUGCAGUCCCACCUGGAGAAUCCCACCAAGUACCACAUCCAGCAGGCCCAGCGGCAGCAGGUGAGGCAGUACCUGUCCUCCACCCUGGGCGGAGGUAAAGCCGGCGGCCAGCAGUGCCCGAGCCAGCCGCCCGAGCACAGCAUGCCGCCCGGGCCGGGCAGCAGCGCGCCCAACAGCCCCAUGGCCCUGCUCACGCUGGGCUCCAACUGCGAGAAAGAGAUGGACGAUGUCAUCGACGAUAUUAUUAGCUUGGAGUCGAGUUACAGCGAUGACGUUCUGGGACUGAUGGACCCGGGGCUCCAGAUGAACAACCCGUUGCCUGUUUCUGGGAAUUUACUGGACGUGUACGGCAACCAGGGCCUCUCGCUCCCGGGCCUCGGCAUCAACGGCUCCUGUGCGCCCAACAUCAAAAGGGAAUUAAUAAUUACUCCAGCUCCUGGCAUGAAGCAAGUACUGGACAAGCCUGGAUCCUGUGGCCAGUAUGAAAGCUAUCAAAGGCCAGAGGGCUUUCCAGUAGAGGCUGAGGUACGGGCUCUGGCUAAAGAAAGACAGAAGAAGGACAACCACAACUUAAUUGAAAGAAGACGGAGGUUCAACAUAAACGACCGGAUCAAAGAGCUGGGGACCUUGAUACCCAAGUCAAACGAUCCAGACAUGCGCUGGAAUAAGGGCACCAUUCUGAAGGCCUCGGUGGACUACAUCAGGAAGCUGCAGCGGGAGCAGCAGAGGGCCAAAGAGCUGGAGUGCAGGCAGAGGAAACUGGAGCACGCAAACCGCCACCUGAUGCUCCGUAUACAGGAGCUGGAGAUCCAGGCCCGUGCUCACGGUCUGACGGUGGUGUCGUCGCCGUCCGUGUGCACGUCCGAGCUGAUGGCCCGAGCCAUCAAGCAGGAGCCCGUCCUGGGCGACUGCCCCUCAGAUCUCUACCAGCACGGCUCGGCUCCCGACAUGUCGCCUCCGACCACGCUGGACCUCAACAACGGCACCAUCACCUUCGACCAGAUGCCGUCGGACGGCGGCGACGCCGGCCCUUACGGAAACUCCCGGACCUGUAAAAUGAAGGAGCUGGUGAGGGACAACUCGCUGCGGCCGCUGUCCCCCAGCGACCCCCUGCUGUCCUCCAUGUCCCCGGACGUCUCCAGCAACAGCCACCACAGUUCCAGCUCCAGCAUGGAGGAGAAGGAGCACGGCUGUUAG